AUGAUUAAGGUUUUGAAAACCUUCAAUAUCUUGCAAGGGGUUGAAGUUCUCAAUAUCGGCAUCCAUAUCUUGCAAUGGGUUGAAAUUUUCAAGAUCGGCAUCCAUAUCUUGCAAUGGGUUGAAAUUUUCAAGAUCGGCAUCCAUAUCUUGCAAUGGGUUGAAGUUUUCAAGAUCGACAUCCAUAUCUUGCAAUGGGUUGAAGUUUUCAAGAUCGACAUCCAUAUCUUGCAAUGGGUUGAAGUUUUCAAGAUCUCCGGUGUCUUGGAAACAAUCUAA